CUACGACAUGUUGCCGAGCAACGGCAGAUUUACCUGCGGUAAAAAACGAGUGUUGAAUUUGGUGCAGCAUGCGCCACAUGGGUGGCAAGGCUUUAUCGGACAGAGGAAAGAUCUUGAAUGUUUUCAACAAGCAAUUAAAAACAACAGAAAAAAAACAUUGCUCAGUAAACAGAUUGCUGCAGACUGCAGACUGCACACGUUUAAACCAUGAUAGCAUGACAGAUGGGCAGCACAAAAUGAAACGACUGAGGAGCCGCAAGGAGAGGAGUCAGAUGAGAGGUGGUAAGAAAGAAGCCUCAACGUCACAUUACCAUCACUGCCCUCGCCAAAUUAAUAAAGACAUGGCACAUUUCCAGAACAGCUGUCAUAGUAGCUGUCAUUGUCCUUCAAGGAGAGAUGCACCAUUUCCAAACAUCAUUCCUGCUGCACAAGAACCCAGUAUCAUCACAGACAGUCGCCUGAUAGGACACCAUGGCCUGUUCAACCAUGAGGUGAAGUCUAUUGACAUUGAACGCUUGUUAAGUGAGCAGAGAAAACGUGGAACGCAAUUAAAAGAAAAGAACAAUACUGCUUCACAUCCCUCUUCAACAUCUAACAUUCCAUCUCCAUUAUCUAGUAAUGACUUAUUGGGAAAGGAUACUGAUGAGGUUUUGCCAAUUGAAAAAACAAAAGCCCAUGAUGAUUGCCAGAAGAAAAUCAGUCAAGGAUCGGAUGUUACAGCGGUGCAGAGACCGCAGCAACAACCUGAUCUUUCGCCUGAUAGUGUUAAAAGCGUAUCCUCAGCUAAACACAGCUCCCUCGAUGUCAAGAGCAAGAAGACCAACCCUGUCGUGUCUGAAAAGGGUAGAGAGUCACAGAGGACUCCCACAGUUGUCAGAGAAAAUGUGAAGACAUUAAACUGGAAGGUACAGGGAAACAUGAUUUCUACGCUGGAGCACACCCCAAAGAACCAGGAGUCUCCCAUUCACCAAACGCAAGCUCAUGGUCUCAGUCCAAGCCCCCAUCAGCCCUCCAGCUCACCCGCUGCUGACAGCUCUGACAUACAGAAUAGAAGACGGGAUCUUGACUAUGUAUCUAAGUCUGUCAGUACACUGGCAGCGGGUUUGUGUGACUGUCUGCAUUUUCCACUUCUGAGUAGGAGAGACCUGGUGGCAGAGAGCAGAGAUGUGUUGUUAAAAGCUCUCUGGGAAAGACAUGGAUCCGGGCUUCAGGAGAACCUCAUGGGGGUGCAGCGAUGCUUCGAUGCUGAUCCCACAAAGAAAGUCCGGGAUCAGGAGCCAACCGUGAUAGAUGAGCUCUCGCCUUCAGAUGCAUUUACAACAAUGUUUCAAGCCGCCAUUGCUACUCAGCCGUCUUUUGACAUUGAGAAAACCACAUCUUUCAGAAUGACGGGAACUGGGCAUUUUAAAAGGAAGUCCAGGCCACAUCAAAACCUGGAGCAGACUGCUGAAUGGUUGACAAGCCCUGUGGAGACUUCUGUCAGCCUUUUGGAUGAUAUCCUCAGACCUACUUGCGCUCCUCAAUUCUACAUGGACUUUGAGCCCUCCGGAGUUACAGCCAGUGAUCAUUUUUUCUCUCCCACAUCAUGCUGGGGAGAAAAGGCUUCUGCAUCUCAUCACUGGGAAGACAGUUUUAACAGGUCAAAGAGAAAAGAGGCUGUUAUGUUUAAAUCCUUUGAAAACCACACCAGAGCAGUUCCAGAGAGGAGCAGUGGGUCUCAGUUCAGUGGAAUCAACAACCAGCGUUUCUUUCCUUAUCAAACACAGUUGCUAGAUAGACAUUCACCAGCACCAACACACUUUACCCAGGAGAAAGGCCCAUUUGAAGUUGAUGGAUCCUCUUUUGCUCCCUCCUUUGCCAAAAUUCACCAUGCUCAGCAGAGCUUCCAGCCUUUCAGCCAUUUCAGUCAUCCUUCAACUGGCCCUCCCCUCAGGUCUUACCACACUGACAUGAUGCAUUACCCCCCAUCUCACAUGCUUGAAAGAGACGCAGUAGCUCCCCUUUCUUCUUUCCCAAGCCCUGAGCACUGGUCCUUCCCUCCUAUGAGACUGUACUAAUGUGUGGUACAGCUAUACAUAUACGUGCCUGUCAACAUUUCUA